ACUUGGAUUUGGGUUGCAGAAUUUACCCCAAGAGAAGAUGCCUCAACUUGUACAGAUAAUCAGGAAGAGGGAUGAGCAUUUGGCACAGGAUGGCGAUGAAAUUGAGCUUGAUAUUGAGGCUCUUGAUACGGAGACGCUGUGGGAACUUGAUCGGUUUGUGACCAAUUGGAAGAAGAUGGUGAGCAAGACAAAGCGGCAAGCGUUGAUGAUGAACAACAAUCCAGCUGCUGGAGUUUCUAUUCCCUCCAGUCCUGUUACUGAUGCUGAUGUGGGCGCAUUGAGCGACAAGAAUGAUGAUUGUGGCAAGAUGAUGAAAGAAAAUGAUGAAGAAGAUGUAGAUAUUGAUGACGAUAUGCCAGCAGCGAGCUUCCCUGCUGUGGAGAUUGAGAUUGAGAGAGAAUGGUGUUGUUGGACAGGAGAAUGA